CGAACCUCUUACCACGCCCCUACAACGCGAACUUCCCACUGAUAUCGGAGCCGCCAGAAUGUCCGAAGACCAAAGCCGAUCCUCCCGGAUAGCGAUCCAGCUUGGGAAACCAUCUGCAUCCUCUCCCAACGGAAUUAAAAAACGCACGCGUCCAACGCACGUGAGACGGCAUCGAGCGCAUACCCUUCACGAAGACUCCGAGUCUGGAGAGGACAGCGACCGCGACCAGCGGACCUAUGGCCACCAAGAGGCAAUUACAUCCUACGACAUCCUUGGCACUAGUCCUGACGAUGGGAAAGCACGGAGGCGCAAUGACUCCGUGGGGCUCGAGAGCGGGGCAACGAAGACCCAAAAGAACGGUGCGGAGGCAAGCCAGCAGAAGGAGGAAGAUUCAAUAGACAGCAAGGAUGGAAGCAAAGCAGGAAUCUCGGGACUUCAGGAGAAGCCAGUCAAAUGGGGUCUGAACAUCAACCUCAAGGGAGCUGGUCGCAACUCAGCAGGAGAAACCGGAGGGUCAGAAACACGAACAGGCCGCCCCGAUGUCGAAGGCGCCUCGGGACCAAAUGGAACCGACGCGAAAAGCAUUGAUGACGAAGCACUUGACGCCCUUAUGGGUUCGCGGAUACCGAAGCGCAGACAUGUAGACUCCGACGCCGCUGACCGAGAACCACGGGCGGAGGACUAUCGAUUCGUUCCGGUCGACGAUUUUGGUGCUCGGCUUCUCCGAAACUUCGGCUGGGACGGUAAAAUGAGAGGCAAAGUCAAGGAAGUCACACGGCACGCAAACCUCACAGGCCUGGGUGCCAAGGAUGCAAAAGGUGCGGAGGACCUCGGGGCUUGGAACCAGAAGCCGGCCAAAGAUUCCCGCCCAGUGCGACUCAGCGACUACAGGAGGGAGGAGAAUAAGAAACGCCAGCGCAUUGAGGACCGGUACGCAGACAGCUACAAGCGGGAGAGGGAGAGGGAACGAGAGCGGGAACGAGAGCGGGAACGCGGAUGAGGCAGGUAGCGUCAACAGCGACCGUGUGGCUGCAUUUGGAUGCCGCACUUGCGGUGGUCAACGGGGGAUUGCAUGCUCAUUUGAUCGAAAUGGAAGUCGCAGCAUCCAGAAUCAUUCCUGCUGAGGAGUGACGUGCACUUUGAGAAAAUUGCCCUCCACUCCCAG